UUGACAGUGUUUGGGGGUUUUUUUUAACGCUUUUGCAGUUACACAACUAAUCAAAGCCAAAAUAGUUUAUUGCAUUUUUUUAAAUGUAAAGGAAUACCCGUGUUACGAUAAUAAAAUACAAUGUGGUAAUAUGCAAAAUUGAACAAUUGCCAAAACGUUUGUACCGGCAUUCAAUGGAAUUCGGGAAAUCAAUCAGACUUGCCUGUGUUUUGUAUUGAAUAAUCGUUUGUGACUCCCAGCAGUUUGGAUGGCAAUAAAACAUAGAUCACGUUACUGUAAAACAUUUUCAUGAAGUGUGGUUCUUUUAUAACGAAGACAGUUAAUCAAAGCGGUUUUUUUUUCCAAGAACAUCCAUUGCGACUGUCUGUUAUGCAUUUCAUUUUCCCAGGUGAAGAUUUUGAAACUUCUCUGCUGAGUUUUGAAAAGUUAGAUCGUGCAUCUCCAGAUCUGUGGCCAGAACAAUUGCCGGGAGUAGCAGAAUUUGCAGCCUCUUUUAAAAGUCCCAUUACCAAUUCCCCUCCCAAAUGGAUGGCAGAACUGGAGAACGAUGACAUUGAAAUGUUAAAAGAAUUGGGGAGUCUGACAACUGCAAAUCUGAUGGAGAAGGUGAAAGGACUCCAGAAUCUGGCUUAUCAGCUUGGGCUGGAAGAGUCCAGAGAAAUGACCAGAGGGAAAUUCCUCAACAUCCUGGAGAAACCCAAGAAAUAAUGGGAGUGAAGGAAGAAGAGUUCUGAUUAACCCUUUAAGCUUUUCAAUCCCUGGAGUGAAGGAAAAAGGAGUCCUGAACAAACAGACGACAAAAUACUUCCCAUCAAUCCUAGAGUCAAUCAGCCAUCACUCCAAGGGACUUGUUGCAGCAUUUCUGUGUGAUCCUGCCUCUGAUAGUUUACUGUACAUUGAGCAUUUUCAUUUAAUAAUUUUGCAAGCUUGUAUUAGCCAAGUCGUCUUUAUUUAAAGGAAACCAUUUGGAACCUCUUUCUUUUGUUGCACAUUGGGUUAAUGUACAUGUAUGCAGUUAAACAUAUUAUUAUUAUUAUUAUUGUUAUAUAAUAAUUAUAUUGUUUUUUGUAUUCUCUUAAAAUAAAAUCUAUUAAGCUGUA